AUAAACCUUCUUGUCAGCGUAGCAAAUCUCUGUGGAGUAUAAUACGUGUAAUACCCCAGGGAAGGGUAUAGCAAAGCACAGCCAUCAACCAGAUUGACAACAGCAAGAAGAUGAAAGAGAAGAAGGAGAUGGAGAAACAGCAGCAGCAGCAGCAGCAACAGCAGCGGGAGAGGAGAAGAUGGACAGAGUAAAGCACACAUAAUGGCACUUCAAUAUGUGAGUGUGUGGGGGAGAGCAGGACAAGCAAAGGAUGGAGCAGAGAUGGUUGAGCUUGUGGGGGAGAGAGCAGGUUGAACAUGUGGGGAGAGAGCAGCAAGAACUCAACACAGUGCAGAGUGAGGGGCUACUAUACCAUGUGUAACGGUGAGGGCACUGAGCAGCAGAGGCGGCCAACAGCUUGUUAGUGGCUUUGCUGGUCAGUACUUUUAACUAAUGUGUUUUGUGCGACCAUAGAAAAUCUCAAGUACUCACACAGGCACACUGACACAUGGACACUGGGGUGGAGCGCACUUAACAUUCGCUGUUCCUGCUACUCUCCAUAUUUAGGGUGCCAGCCAGACCGCAAGGGGAGCAAAGGAGUGAAAAAAAGGACAGCAGCAGCAGCCAGCUCCUUCAGCUUUCGCCCUGUUAUGCUGUUGCCUGCAUAAAAUAACCGCAUAAAAUGUCGUUAAGUAUAACGAAAUUGAGUCUGCACAUAAAUUCAGAUUAUGAGAUUAAAAUGUUGUGAUUUUCGCACAUCGGAGCAACGGCGGCGAAGGAUAGUAUAGUGUAGCCGAAAAACCCUUUUCAUAAUGAAAGCCAGUCUGGUAGAAGGGUCUCUGGUAUCCCACACACACACACACACAUUGAAGAUUAUUGAAAAAUGCGAUGGAAUAAGCAAUAGCCAAAGCCAUAGCCAGAGCUAACGGAUGGAUAGCAGCAGUCAAGCCAAUUUAAUGAGUUUACAGCGCCCUUUUGGCCUUUAAGCGGAAUUUUAUGAAAAAACAACACAUAGUCGUGGCACAUUGGGAAGAAAAUGUGAUAAGUUGAGAGCAGCAAAGAGCUUUCCUCCUCUUCAAAGCUCUUCUUCAGUGAACCAAAAGAAUGCAGAGAAGAGCUUUGAUCAUAGCGGCACUUCGGACUCUUUCUUUGGCUCUCUUUAAAAAAGAGAACGCGAAGAGAGGGGCUGAUAUAAAACGGCGCAUAAACUGCAAAACAGAAGGAGCAUAAGAGAUCGGAAGCUCAAACUGGAGAACAGAGAACAACAGAGGCUUUCUCUGGCAAAAACAAAAGCCAUUUAAAUUACUUAAAUCCAUGAUGGGCUUACGAAUCGGCCAACACCUAAAUCCCACACCACUGUGCCCUGUACCCGUCCGUGGAAUAAUAAAGAAGUUGCGGCGCUUGUGGCCGGCGAUCAAAGCCAAAUAUUUGUCUUGAAUGUUUACAAAUUUGGGUCAGCUGGUCAUUUGUCCGCACCCAAGCCGACAUUUUGAUGUGAAAUUCCCAAAAUAUAGAACGAACCUCGAAGGAACGCCAUCAGCUGUCGCUGCAUUAUGAUGCUAAUUGCGAGGCCAGAGAGCCAUAGCCACAGCCAAAGGAUUAACAUCAUCAUCGAUGAGUGCAUGGAUGGUGAACAGAGAACAAACAGGAGAACUUGCUGCGAACCCAUAAACAGUUUCGUUUGACUUAAUCCGGUUAUGUAUCCGGAUUAGCGGAGCGCGUCAAAAGAGCGUGAGAGAGAGAGAGAGAGCUAGUUUUUUGCGCUCCUUUUGGCUAGGGUACUCGGGCACACUUUACGACACUUUUUAGGUAAUGAAUGGGAUUACAGUUUUUUUUUAAUCCACUGUGCCCACAACCCUGUGACGCGGGGCAGCUGUAAAAAAUCGAAUGACUCGUAAAAAGUGCAGCUCAGGUCAUGCGGCGUUUGAAUGACCUGCGCCGCCGCACCUCUCAUGAAUGGACGGGCGGACGGGCAGGUCAGAAAAGGUGUCGUCGAAUGUGUAUAAAUUCAGGAGCCAGCAUUGACGUAACCAGCAAACGCACUCAAGCACUUCAGCAACCAAGAUGUGUCUCAUGCAGAAAAAAAACAACGCACAGCCGACGGCCCAGCAGUUGCCACAGAAACAGGAGGCAACUGAGACGACGAGUGGGAGUCCGAUGCCGCAGCCGCCCUCCCCCACCGCCGCCUAUGUGAUGUUCAAGCACCGCGAGGAGCUGCGCCGCCGCAACGGGCAGACGGCACGCGCUUCCAUCACAAAAAUUCAUUUGACAACCGAGCUGAUAGCUCGCACCAAGCAGAACAUACGACAAUGCAGCUUCGAGGAUCUGGCCAUCCUGGCCAGGGAGACCGUCUUCCGGAAGAGUCUGCAGCGUCGCCUGCACUACCGCCGCAUGGAAAUGGGCUUGAAGAGGCAACUGAAAAGCACAAACAGCAAGUGAGGGCGGUGCUGCAUGGGAGGGAAAAGUCUGACAUAGAACAGCACAAGUGAUUCCUAUUAUAAGAUUGUACAUUUUACACCUAACUAUUAUACUUUAGUUUAAGCUCAGAGAUAUUUCCAAAACAAACGUAAAUUAAACUUCAAUCAUGAGUGAAAAGAGACAACAUUUUGCACUUGUUAUCCGCUUGGAUCUGCCUUUUUCCCGUGUGGCAAUUUUCCAUUUAAAUAUUUGAUAACCUUUCCCAGCACUGACAAUGCAGUUUCUGUGGGGUGUAAAAACAAAUUUACACAUGAUUACCGGAACAGAACAGAACAGAACAGAACACUGCUAACAUUUAAUACAACUCAAACAAAAUGGUGCGUUGCAUAAAUUUGAACAGGCAGUGCACAGGCAGGGAGUGGUGGCGCCACCACACCUCUCCUCCUUGCAGCAACUGCUUUCUGCUUCAUCGUCGUCGUUCGCUGUGGUGUAGACAAAAUUUUUGCCUUUUUAGACUACAUAAAUUUUAAUUAAAUGUCACUCAUACGCCAUGUAUGCCAAGCACAAUGUACGUAACGUAACGUAACGUAGAGUAGUAGUCGCUGCCCGUGACUGCAAGUGUGAGGCUGUGUGCGUGCAUUUGAGCGCUUGGGAGAGUGUCGGAGCGAAGAGAGUGCCACAAAUGAAUGCACGGAGAAGUGGCGCACGAAUUGCAGUUUAUUGAACAGCAGCAGGGCAAAAGGAUGAGUGGUGUAAGGGGAAAGUGCAGCGCAAAGUGGAGCAUCCCAAAGCGAAGCAUAGAAACAAAAGGGGAGAAGCAGC